AGAAAUAGCGCACAUAGAACAUAUCUACCGCUUCUUAGACUUGCUUUCAGUGGGAAUGACAUAUAAAUAUACAUUUCUAUGUGAUUUUGGUCAGGUCGCCCAAAAAGUUACAUAUUGCAGCUUUAAGAAUGAAAAGAGGGGAUGUUAAUGUGGUUGUGGUGGUUGAGCUGGACCUUGAGAUUUGAAGGAGGGGAGAUGUUGACGUGUUGUUGGGGUGUUUGAGCUGAUCUUUGAGAUGGGAUAAAGGAUUGUUGUAUGUAUUGUGUAUGUUUUUAGUUUUUAAAAAGUACUUGAAUAGCUUAAUCUCUCAGCAUUCGACUCCAAGUGCGCACUAUAAUCACUUUUACUGACUUAAUACCAGAAGGGAGCAAAGCUGCAAAAUCUGCCUUACAUCAAUUUACAACCAAACAAUGCGUCAAAAGCAAUCAGACACCACUGAUAUUGGACACGGAAUACAUCACUUCCAUCGAUCUGUCUGUGCCAUGCAAUACUUCCUGAUACCAUUUGAGGUCAGAUCACAAACCAAUAGAAAUAGACAUCAACAUGUAUCAAAAUAACUGGGAUCAUCUUUUGACUAGAAAAUGUAUCUUCUACAAUGUUAGUUUUUUUCUGUCUAUUAAGGGAGAAUUAGACUGUUAGCCAAUACUACAGUCUCUCUUCUCCUCAGCCCCCUGCUACAGCCGGACAUAGAUCGUUAUCUCUCCCACUGCAAGCUCAACUGUUGCUAUGAUGAAACCAAUUGUGAAACUGCAUGUCAUGUGAACUUGGCUCAAGGUAAGAGGGAGAGCAGGCACAUCGAAGGAGAGACGGAGACAUCAGAAAGAGGGAGUGGUGUGGAAGAGGAGGAAGUGAGGAACAAAACUAUGCAAAGAAACCCCAUACACAGAGCACGAGGUGGAUAGUUGGAAAAUAUUAGAGAGGGAGAAGACGGCAUUGUAUUAGCUUUUUAAAUUCUGUGAGGGCCCCACCCCUGGUUUCCUGCUGCAACAUUAUUGACUGGCAUUAGCGGGAGAAGCUAAACGGCUGUAACCUAGUGUAGUACUGUCAUGCCUUGCACUACCAUGGAGAAUAAAACCUGCCUUCCAUAAAGGGAUCUUUCUUACUGCACCAUCUGGAUGUCACUGGAAACGUGAGGUACAUUCACAAAUGUUAGCCUGGCUGGUCUAGGACCAGUCCACAAUUGAUAUUUACCAAAAAGCAGAAGUUUUGAUCGACUCUCAGACCAACUUCCUCAACAUCCUGGCUUGGUGUUAGCAUCAUUUGCUUUGCCACAGCAAGCCUUCACCGGGGUGUUUCGAAGUAAAACAAUUGGUCUGAAGAAGCUCUGAGAAUGAUGACCAUGUCUGUGCUGGACACCACCGGACCAGAAAGCGGCUGCUCCAUGACCCAUCUCUUCCCCAUCCCCACGCUGAACAUCCUACCCCCGUCCUCAGACACCGAGGCCUGGUCCCGCUCUCCCAGCCCCCAGCCUCCCCGCCGCCGCCGCCGCCACCCUCGCCCCCACUGGAGCAGAGCCCGGACCAAGAAGAGGAGUGACGGAGAACAAGAAGGGUCACCCAAACCCCGGUGGGACGGCACUGAGGAGGAGAGGGUGAAGGGGAGCGCCACUCCUCAAAGAAGCCCCUCACCUCUCCCUUCACCCCUCUUGGCCCACCAUGUGGAGGACGCGGUCCUGGGCCCUUCCCUGGACCUCUUGCUGCCCCCGUCGUCUCGCACCUCCUGGUCACGUAGCUCGUCUCUCGGCCGGCGCUCACGCUGGUCCCUCAGGAGUCUGCUCAGCAGGGAGGCUGACUGGGACAGCUGCAGUACCGCCAGUAACUCUCCGCGCAGCACCCCUGGCAGCUCCCCCUCUCUGCGCCGGCGGGUGCUGGGGGGUAGUGGUGGGGGUGGAGGCAGGACCAGCGACGCAGAGGGUGGCCCAGGGGAGCGCAGCGGGGAAAGGAGGGGUUCGGACAGCCCCCUGCCCUCCUCCUCCACUGCCGCAGCCGCCUCCGCCUACCCCAUCGCCUCACGCCAUUUCAGCCGCAACGCCAAGAAAAUGCAGAGCUGGUACAAUGUUCUCAGUCCCACUUAUAAACAGCGCAAUGAGGAUUUCCGUAAACUCUUCAAGAAGCUGCCAGACACGGAACGCCUCAUAGUGGACUACUCGUGUGCGCUGCAGAAAGACAUCCUACUUCAGGGGCGACUCUAUCUGUCAGAGAACUGGCUCUGCUUCUAUAGCAAUAUCUUCCGCUGGGAAACCACUAUCACAAUCCUGCUGAAAGAUGUGACCACCCUGACCAAGGAGAAGACUGCCAAAGUCAUCCCCAACGCCAUUCAGAUCAGCACUGACCACGACAAGCACUUCUUCACAUCUUUCGGGGCAAGGGAUCGCAGCUACAUGAUGAUUUUCAGACUGUGGCAGAACGCACUGAUGGACAAGCCUCUGUCCCCAAAGGAGCUGUGGCACAUAGUCCACCAGUGUUACGGCACUGAGCUGGGCCUCACCAGUGAAGACGAUGACUAUGUCUCCCCCACCGCCGAGCACAUUAACGGCCUACUGCCAGUGGAUGAGUCAGUCUCUGUCUCUGACCUGUUGGACCUCAGCUCCUUGGGGGCCAUAGCUUCUCUGGGCAGCUCGCCCCACUCCUCCAUGGCAGCCUUGUUCCCCAGUGGCCCCCUCCUAGCCAGCAGUGGUCUGGGCUUCUCUCCCCCCUCCUCAUCCACCUGCCUGCCCAUAGACAUCCUCGGCAGCACCUCCCUCGACCCCCCGGAUCCAAGCCCGCCCAGCUCUCAGAGCUCCCUGCCCUCCACCACACACUCCACACACACCGCCUCCUUGUCCGCCCCCGCCUCGGCUGCUGCCUCUUUCUAUGUGGAGGAGGGCGGGGACAGCCUGUUGGAGUCGGCCAAUCACAUGAUGCCCCCGUCUGCCACCAGUCUGGGAAACCUCUCCUCAUUGGACCAGCUCACCAACGAUGACGAGCUGCCCACAGACCCCAGCAACUCCUCAGACACACAGGAAGAGGACGAGGUGGAGUCGUUCUGUGCAGACCUGGCUGGCCGGCUGCACAUCAACAUGGUGGUGCGCAUGAGCGUAGACAAGCUGCAUGACCUGCUCUUCUCCGCCGACACACACUUCAUCCAGCAUCUCUUCUCCCAGCGCCACUUCACAGACCUGUCAGUUAGUGAGUGGCAGCAGGACAGCAGCAGUGGGAACACCAACCGCAUCCUGAGUUACACCAUCGUCAUCAACAACCCCCUGGGCCCCAAGACCGCCCCCGUGGUGGAAACUCAGACGCUGUAUAAGAACAGUGCGCCGGGUGAGUGUUACGUGGUGGACUCUGAGGUCAUUACCUCGGGCAUCCCCUACCAGGACUACUUCUACACCGUGCACCGCUACUGCCUCACCUCCAUCAACAAGAACAAGAGCAGACUCAGGGUGUCUUCAGAUAUCUGCUAUAAGAAGCAGCCGUGGAGCCUGGUGAAGGCACUCAUCGAGAAGAACACCUGGAGCGGCAUUGAGGAGUACUACAGACACAUGGAGAGUGAGGUGUGUAAGCUGGAGACCCUGCUCCAGUCGGAGGUGUCAGUGGUGACCUCUGGGGAUGCGGUGGGGGCAGACGCUGCUAAGACACCCCCGGCCCUGCGGCGACGCAAACGCACCUGCUCCCGGCGCCAGGGGGACCGGGAGAGAGAGGGAGGGGGCGUGGGAGGUGGAGAGCACGGGGACCGAGGGAUAGGAGAGGAGAGGAGAGAGGCGGGUGGUCAGUACAAGCAUGGAGAGCGGUCGCGUGGAGGAGGCAACAGCAUCUCUACCAUACUGCUCAUAGUCAGCUUCAUGAUCUGUGUCAGUCUGGUGGUGUUGGUGGCUCUCAACAUGCUCUUGUUCUACAAGCUGUAUUCUCUGGAGAGAGCUGCACACACGCUGGAGACGUGGCACUCCUUCUCUCUGUCUGACAGUCCUCUACCCCAGUCUGCAGGAGAGUGGGCCCAGGUGUUACAGCUCCAGAGACAGUUCCACCAGGCCCAGCUGGGCAAAUGGCAAGAGAUCCUCCAGUCCUCAGUCACUCUGCUAGACCAGAUGAAACAGUCAUUGGAAAAGCUCCACCGAGGCAUCGUCACUCCAGAAGUCCAGCAGGAUCCCCCCUCGAACCCCACUUCGGAGUCUGUCACUGAGCACUGAGCCUCCCUCCCUUCACCCUCCAGCCCUCACAAGCCCUCCAGUGGGUAAGAAUAGACCACGGGGGAGAGUGCCAGGGGGGAGGUGGCCAGAGGGGGGAGGGUCCGGCUGGGCCAAUCAGGGAGAGUGACUCUCUCACCCGACCCCAAGCUCCACUCCUGCUUCUCUACUCAAAACAGACAGGGAGAGAUGUGGGGGGAGGAGCAUGUGGAAGUGGGAGUUACCUGUAGGGGACCUACACUACCCAUAACUCCUCAUGCCUCAGUCUGAGCAACCUGCAAUGGCAAAGUUCCACCUUCUCUCACAUCCAGACAGACUGGGAAUCUCUUCAGGACUACAGCAAUAACAUACCAUGAUGAGCCAACCAUAUCUCCCACAGUCAGGGCUAAAGGAUGGCCAGUUUGUAUAGUACCAUCCGCUCCUCACAUACAACCAACCAUGCUGCACUCCCUGAACCAUCUCCCCUGCCUGAGAAUCCAAGACACAUUUUCAAAAUGGGCGGCUGCUUUUCAAAAAAGACAGAGACGAUCUGCUGCUGCGUUUCAGAUGGACAGACCCCGGGUCCAACGCAUUUCAAAAUUGACCGACUUGACUUGGAUCGACUGCAUUUCUCGAAAUUUAACGUUGCAUUUCAAAAUGGGCCAAUCCGGGUUAAUGUUGCAUUUCAAAAUGGACUCUGACAUUUGGGAAAUUGGGAGCUUUCCCAGCCCUGGGAACCAGUUAUGGCUCUGCUCCCAGCCGAAGCCAGCCUAGGGGACUUAUGUGCCUCGGUGUGAGGGGUCCGCUCAGCUAAGUCCCCCUUGAGCCUCUGGAAAUGAGGGACACAUGACGAGAGAGGGGAAAGCUCUGAUAGAAACAGGAGAUCUUCUGUAAUCCAACUCUUUUUUUGUUGUUGUUCUCUCUCUCUCUCUCUCUCUCUCUCUCUCUCUCUCUCUCAUAUUCUCUCCAUCUAUCUGGGAUCAGCGGCUUCCAUCUUAAAGACUUGAUCCCUGACAAAGGCAGCAUGUCCUCUGCUGGGGGGGGUUCAUUUCAAAACAAGACUCAAGUUUUUUUUUUUUUUUUAUGUGAAUAAUACAGAAAGACUCCUCCUAAAUCCUCUACUAGCUCGUUUUAAUCAUUAGGUGUCUUUUUGAGGGUGACUGGGUCGUUUAGAGAAUUGAGAACGAGCGAAUGAUGUGUGAUUGCCAGACCGUUACAGUAUUUAUUUAACACGACUUUGAUUUCAAAAAGUCCUGUCCCACUCAAUACGAGUGAUUUUUUUUUUUCUGUGUGCUUUGUGCUCUGUGUUAAUACUUCAGCACGGACCAAGAAAGAGCUAUAAAGUGAAUAUUUGAUAUUUACUGGUCAUAACAAGAAUGAUAUUUGGUGAUUAUACUACUUUUGAAUGUGUAAAAAGUAGUAUAUUACUAAAGUGUGUUUAGGGCAAAAUGAGACAAGCAAGCAAAGAUCUGGAGUUGGACAAGAAAACGGAGAUAUGUAUGUAUUAGAAAGAAGUGUCCUCAAUGUUACGUCGUCAAUGUUACAUUUGGUAUUAUUAAGAUUUGUUUUAUUAUGAGUUGUUUUUGUCUGAGACUUUUUGUUUGUUUUCGCACUUGGUCAACUUCUAAUUGUAUUAUUGGAUCGGACUUGAACUGUUUCGGGGUUACUGACUGUAGAUUCUGUACACCAGGCUGCGUCCCAAAUGGCACCCUAUUCCAUUUAUGGUGUAGUGCACUACAUAGGAAAUAAGGUGACAUUUGGGACGUAGACUCUGUAGACCAGGUAAACAUAGAGAUGCAAUAAACUAGUAAUUUUGUAAUGGAAACUGGGCUGGACUUAAAAAGGACCAACCAGAACUCUAGGCCUGGAUAAAGAUAAAGGGAAACUAUUGUGUUUGUGAUUUCAACUUGGUGUUUAUAUGUUAUUCCUUUUCAUUUUAUAUCCUUAUUUUGUAGUCUAUCCUGUUUCUUAUUGUUUUUGUUCGUCGAAAGGUCAUCUAAUUUUAUUUUCUGCCAAUUCCCCCCUUCUCUGAUUCCCUCUGUCACUAUCUGUCUAUCAAAAACGCAUCUUCUCUUUUUCUCAUCAUUUUCCUUUCCAUCCCCCCUCCUUUUUUCUCUUUGUCUUCCUCCCUCUCUCUCUCUCUCUCUCUCCCCUUGUUGUG